AUGACGGACGAAGUCGAACGGCUCGCGAUCGCGCCUUUUAGGGAGAUCGUAGAAAAGGGCAACGCAGCGAUUGAAAAUGUACCGAAUGCUGACGAAGAAACGUCACCGCUUAUGCUCAAGGCAGCACAAAACCUAGUUAGGGAAGGCGAACGGGCACUGAAGCGGAUCGAGCCGCUUUGCACUAAGAACUUUGAAGAGUAUGGCGUCAACUUUGUUGAUGCGAUCAAGGAGAAUGACGAAAUCGCGCAGUUUCGAUCCGAACUGGAGGAUUUAUUAUGGGAUUUCGACGACUAUGUCGAGCCCGACGAUUUCGAUCCUACCAAGUUCGAUGAAUUACAAAAAGCUUCGAGAAAAGCUGCACCGAAGAUCGUGGAUAUCCUCAAGAGGAUGAAACUGGUUGCUCCCGCACCAACAUUAUUACAAUCUCCAUCCCCAAGGAGUAGUAGGGCACCAUCGGCAGCCCCUGACCACGUAAAUAACUUACAUUAUGGGCAAAUACCAUCAUCAACAAGUAUUAUCGUCAACCCUCCAGCGGCCAUGUCGACAGAGAAACUGAUGGAAGAGACAGAGCUGCAAUUAAGAAGUAUGAUGGGAGCUGUGGCUGGCCCCGAUGAAGGACUGGAGGCGAAUCUACCCCCGCGAUCGGUAAGCGACCUCGACCGAAGAAGCAACUCGCACCGCUCCGAAGUAUCCGAUGCCACCUCGGAACAUCCGCCAAGACCGCCCUCGGCCGAUCCGUGGCAGGUCGGAACGGCCCCGCCUGUCAGUCCCGUGGAUCUUUCGGUCGAGGGAGACCGAUGGGAACGUCGUCCCCCCGUCCCCAAUGACUCCCCGACUAUCCCUCCAGCACAACCGGGUUCAACAUACAGAUCCCACAGCGGCUUUACGUCUGCUGCUAGUAGAUCACCUUCUAACGAGGGUUCUGCUAGUUGGCCUGGACAACUCCUUGAUCCGUCGUCUAGUCGGUCACCUUCGGAUACAUCUUCCGUGCUUGGUCGUGCCCCUUCUAUCCCCGAGAAUAUUGCUAUUAACACCCAGGGCCCAAAGACUGCCCUUCCACCUAUCCCUAGUUUUCCUCCGAGGCAGACAUCUUUAGCCAGGGCCCAGGAAAGAGCUCAAGAAAGAGCUCAGGAGAGGGGUCCUCGUCGUACUACACGCCACCCGUCGACUGAGUCAAUCAACAGCUCAGUUUUCGAUAUAGUCGAUUGCAUGAGCCCUACCACUGCUGCCGCUUCUACCGCACACCGAAAUUCGGUCUUAUCGGUCGAGCCUCUUAGUCCGGGGCAGCAACCGCCAGAGUAUACCGGACUCCCGCCUAUUUAUCAACGCGCAGCGACUAACGGUAGCAUAUCAUCUAGUAUGGGAACCAUUACUAACCACUCCUCAUCCACGCUCAUGGCCCGUCGUCCCAGCGCCCAGGUCCCAGGUACUGUAGAUUCAGGCCUAAUCCCAGUCGACGCAGAAAACCCGAUGCCGGACGAACAGCCCAUCCCCGCGCGAGAAGCGGACUGUUCGAUAGGUCCGUUUAGCUCUUUCUACAAGCUGAAAGGGUUUUGUAAGGGCGCAGAAGAGGUCAUGGCUGGUCGGCUCGGCUUCAAGAAAAUCAAACGGCCCGUUGGUGGCUUUUCAAUGGCCGUUGUAGCAAAGUGUAAUCACUGUUUAUUCGAGAUCGACUUUAAGUCGGUCGAGCAAGACUUAAAUAACGACUCCUCCGGAAGUUUUACGUCCAACUCCAUCGGGUUUCGACUACGUAUACUCCAAAAGAGCCAUCUGCAAAUUCGACAUGUAGAGGAACAGCUUUACGGAUGCUUAUUCUGUAUUCAGGAGGGCAGAACUGUCGAAGAGAGCGAUGCUACAGUCUUCUUCAACCAGAGCCAAUUAUUCGCUCAUCUGGCCCGACAUCCUCGUCCACUCCCCGUCAUCCCUGGCCUAACAGUAGUCGAAGCGCCAGAGAUACCGCCAGCCUUUAGGGAUAAUUUUGAUCUUCACUUACCACACCCGCCCAUGCUCUCCGUCAUGGUCGGACUCUCGCGAGAGCUCUCCAGACUACCUUCUGCCAUUGCGACGGAAACGAGGAAAAUACAGAACGGGGUUAUGCGCUCACCACCUGGUAGAGAUCCAGUCCUGCACUUCGCUAUCGGAGCUAGGAUAAUCGGUAUCGAGUUCCCGGUCAAGUAUGAAGGUAAAUGGGGUAUCGGCUGGCACGAUGGUGUGCGUGCAGCAUUCGAAGCCGACUCUGUACAGAUCGAUGCACCGGCGAAGACCGAGAUCAAAAUGCAGGGUACAAGUAACGUACAAGCCGUGGCACGAUGGAAGUGGAAUCAAAAGAAUGGUGAUGAUAGGUGGCUCAAAUUCGAUAAGGGGGAUGUCAUUAAAAACAUUGGCUGGGCUUACACCGAUCACUGGUGCUGGUCCGGCACAACGUCAAAAGGCUGGGGAAUCUUCCCGCAGUCCCACCUCGACCCAAGUUCGAUCAGGACAGUUCAGCCAGGAGACACUGCUAGCAUCAACAGCUGGGAGAAGAAGCCACGAUUCCAACUUUCCCUUCGAAAAAACACGGACCGUAAAUUUGGGUCUCUCGGCUCAGUCACUCCUACUAGCGAGACUCCGCCUGUCCCUAGCAGAGCAGGCGUCUACUAG